ACCAAUACUUGCUCUCCUCCUGCCUUUCUGCUCCAAGGCUCGAAUUCUGGCGUAGCUGAAGGAAGAGGGGGGUUGCAUUCGGUUGUUGACGAAUUCUCCGGAGCCGCGGAGCCGCCACCUUUUCAAACUCGUCCCAUCCCGUCGUUAUCAUGAGAAGAAUGUAGGUGCACAGGACAUGCUGCACAGGCAAGGUGUCACAGGCGGUAUGAGGUGCUGCAACAGAAUAUGCGUGCUCUCCUGUAACAGUUCCAUGAAGGCUGGAGAAGCUUUGACAAGCUGCCGCGCUGCGUCGUACCGCGGCCCGUACUCGGACAGGCACACAUUUUGUUGGUCCCUGCAGCUACUUUCCAAAAUGAAAAAGAUCUGGAUAUCAGGGAACCUCAACAACUCGUCAACCAUGGACGCUGAUCAUGAGGAAGAACAAGUGACCAGACACCUCAACGGAAGCAACCUUGAAGGUCGCCGAAGUCCAAGUCAGGCCAAGCCAUACUGCCGCGACCCCUCCCACUUGCUCCGUCCGGGGUACCGACCCACGCCGCACUGUGUACCUUCACCCCGGUCAGCUUGACAUUGUUGGAGGGAAGGGACUUUGUCCGACCGUCAUACUUCUUGUGUGCGAAAAGAACUGGUGAUGAUACAGCCAAUAUUGCCCCCAGCGGAUAUCAAUCCAAAAAAGAGCCCUCCUUGAGAUUUCAUUUCAGAUAUAUUCUUGGCUGCCGGAGCGUUUCUUCCAGCCUUUCACCAUUGAUUUCCUCCAAGUUACUCUUGGCCCAGGGAACUUCAAAUAUGCGCUCGAGAGGCAGCCCCCAGCAGUAGCACCUGCCGAGUCAUGACGUAGAGCUUUCCUAUCCCCAGUUAUUCUCUAGACUGCUCCUUCCUCAUGAAAUUUUCCUAACCAACAUGUUGAAUAUGGCACGAGCAACCUCGCAGAAGGAAGUUGCCAGUGGCGUGUUACUUGCAUGGCUCAAGCCCAGAUGGUGGAUACACAGGCCAAAGACAGUGGGGUGACAAAGAGGGAACCGCCUGCCACUCCCGGCUCCCGCUCUCCCACUCACAACAACAACAGCAACAACACAUUUAUACCACAUGUCGCUUUUGUAAUCGGCAAAAGAUGAUGCAGCAUUUGCUCAAACGAGCUAGUCUAGCCCCUCGGAGCCACAGAAGCUGAAGCAGACGCCGCCCGCUUCGCACGGAACAGGGGGGAUGGGUGAGAGGGUUGCAGCGGCCCAGAGACUCGGGCGCGCCCAGCCCUCUUUUUCCAGCCUUUCUCCAACACAUCCUAGACAAUCCUGGGCCAUCAUCGACGCCCCUGCCGGCUUCCAUGCUGGAUCUUGAUUUGGCCGCCAGAUCCCGGACCGGCAACCCCCAAGGACCCUGGAUGCGCCUCAUCCCAACUCUCCACCCCGCCAGACCUAUGGAUGGAGUGUCCGCAACUAUUGCUCACCAACGACUCGACAUGCCUCGACAUAUCACCACCACCUAACAAAACUGCUAUCCUUGGCUGCUACCCUUGGUAUUCAUUCAAGAGCCGACUCCCGUGCCUAUACGUGAACCAAUAUCACACCUUGCUUAGACUAUCUCUCAAACAGCAGCUCUAUCAGAGAUUGUAGCCUAUGAUACGUCUACGCGCUCUACGACAAGCCCAUCGAUUGCUGUAGCAGGCAUCGACCCCCUCGGACCCGAAGCUGGUCAUGCUGGUCCUGCCCUGUACCGCGCAUGGCAUACCCCCUGCCUAGAGUCGGUGUGUAGGUCGAUGAGAGCUUCUUGGAUCCUGUUGAUCAUCAUCAUCCCCACUGAUCUUACGAAUCUCCCGCAGCUGUGCACCAGGUACCGUGGACCCUGUUCUCUCCCCGGGAGCUAACUACGGCUCAGCUGCAGCGGCAUCCUCGCCUUGCCGUCAGGCUGUCUUGGCUUCGUCAGGGUCGCAGGCUCUUGAGCGUUGUUGUCCUGUGGGCUGCAUUGUCCUCUCACGCAACACGUUUUUUUUUCUUGCUAUUUUUCCCGGGGCAGGCAUAUGCACGUCGUCCCAAGGUUUGGUCAAGCGCGGGCGGCUAUAAAAAGGAUCCCUCCCAAGCGCCCUAACGCAGUUGCCGCCCCCAUUCAUCAUCCCCCCAUCUUAUCCCCAGACCUCCCCCGUGUCCCCCUGGUGGCAAUCUUUCAUGCUGUAUCUAUUUCCAGCUGUAGCGCAAUACCUCGCUUGAUCAACGUUCCAACCGACCUGUACCAGGCUGUUGUUGCCGACGGUUCAGUGCAGAUUCACACGCGAACAGUGGACGCUUCCAUCCUUCCAACAUUCGAGAAGAGGUCUGAGAGCGAAGACGACCAACAAACCACCCGCUGCUCAGACUGUCUCCCUUCAAGAAUUGUGUUAUUAGACACGUUGGACUCCUGGGGACUUGGAACAUCGAACACCCCCGUUCGUCCAACGAAACCAACACCGACCAUGGCGAUGCCUCGGCCAGGUGACAACUUCCAAGGGGAACAGGUAUUUUGGUCUCCCUCCGGGCCGGCUCCAGCCUUCUAUUAUCCUCACAACGAGCCCUCUUCGUGCCGGUCGUCUCAGAACUUUAGUAACAGUCCUCCCGUCCAGCCCUUUGCCGACGCCCAGUUCGACAUCUUCGAGUGGCAUCCCUACUUCCAGUCCUGUUUGCGAUACUUUCUCGACCACGCCCAGUACGAAGGUCCGAUCCAGGCCCUCGCCGCCUUUGUCAACAUCCAGCUGCCCUUUCAGAGAUCCACAAAUCCGGUCUUAUCCUCGCGGGCCAAUUCCCCUUCGGGUGGUGGCCCUGGAUUAGCUGCCGGGUUUAGCGCACAGGGCUCGUCGGGUCGAGCAGCCGGUGUUGGACCCGGGAUGGCUGGGCCCGGGGGGGCAGGUCUGUUAGGGGGAUUCCCAUCCCACAUCUCGCUGCUGCCGUAUAUCCGCCGACUGGUGGCGACCGGGUUCGACUUUCCGGCCGUGCUCCAUGGGUUCUUUGGGGACGACUGGCAGAGAGGGAUAGGGCAGUUCCACGAGCAGGAGAGGAGGAAUUAUCUGUUUGCGACAAAGAGCAACAGCUGGCUGGAUGUCAAGGCGGCGUAUGACAUGGGGGCAGAGGAGACGAUACCAUUUUUGAAGCCGUUGCAAAACACGACGGAGAAGGAGAUUCAGGCGGCCGAGGCGGCGUGGAGCGAGUGGUUGGCCAUGCAGGACUGGAUGGUGGGACCUAGAGGACUGACAGCGAUUAACACCCCCCCGCCGGGCGGACACGGACGACGAGGGAAGCCUUAUAUCAAGAGGGAAGAAAACUGAGCAACACAACAUGAGAGAGAAGAGGGCAGGGCUGUAUACCUUACUUGACGAAAUUUUCUUUUUUAUAUGGCUGUCAUUUCUUUUGGGGGUAAACCAUGGCAUUGUGGGCUUGGGCUUUUCGGGAUGGUGGCAUUUUUUGUCUUUGUGUCGGCUCGGGCAUAGCAAGCGGGGUACAAAGGGGGCGGGUGGGUUACGAUGAUUUCUUUUCUUCUCUUUCCGUUAAGCUUUUUUGUUGAUAUAUUGGGAUGGAUGGUUUUAGUUGGUUUCUUUUUGGGACGGGUUAUUAGACCUUGACGAAGUUCAUGAGCGGGAUGUGUAGGAGAGAAGAUACCAGCAGUAUGGCAUGGCCUUUUUGACACGAGAUGAUGAUGACGGAGAUGGGGGGAAUGUGUACGAAGAGACAGCCGGAUGAGUCAUGAACGGAUGAUGAUGUUGGGUAGAGGUGAAUGAAUGGAUGAUUGGUGUCUGGAGUUUUUGGGUUUGUGAUUGUGAGAAGUGUAUGAUGUAUGAUAGGGCGGGGUUGGAUGUGUG